AUGGAGGCGUACCUCACAGAGGUGCUCAAGAUGGAGAAGCAAUUCUUGGGCCUGGAACUGCAACAUGUGCCAUGCAACACAAACAAGGAAGCCGAUGAGAUCGCCAAGAGAGCGUCAAGGCAUCUGCCCCAAGAGCCUGGUGUCUUCGAAGAGCGACUCCACAAGCCCUCGGCGGCCCCCUCAGCUGCCGAGCCCGCGCCGCCUCAAGAGGAACUACCCCAGCCACCAGCCUCGGGAGCCCCUGCCUGUGGCCCGACCUCAGGAGCGCGCCUGCUCCUGGCACUCGAGCCUCGGGAGGGGUGCUGGACCGAGGAGUUUAGGGCAUACCUGGUGCAAGGAACGCUUCCGGAGAAAGAGGAGGAUGCGGAGCGCGUGGCCCGGCAGGCUAUGGCAUAUUGCAUCCAGGAUGGUGAGCUGUACAGAAAAUAA